AUGCCACCAUGCCCCUACCAAUGGAUGUUGGCUUUCUUGGCUUUGACAUCCCAGGCUGCAGCAGCUAAUUUUUUAAAUUUGGACUUCUCCAAGUCCAAGGGCGCGACCUACGAAUCAGCAGUACAGGGUUCUCGUCCGCAGUCUUUAAGCAAGCGUUCGCUUGAUCGUGAGGAGUUUUUACAGCUUCAGUUGGCCAACCAAAAUGAUUUCUAUUCAGUAACUCUCGACAUAGGAACGCCCUCACAACAAGUCACAGUGCUGUUCGAUACCGGAUCAUCCGAUCUAUGGUUUUCUGCAAGUGACAAUCCAUACUGUGCUCACGAACAGCGCGAUGGUCAAGAUCGGAGGGCUAAUCUUCAAAGCACUUCGGUGUUGUCUGCAGCGCCGGACACCACAACACUUGGAAUCCCUAUCUCCCCAACUAUAGACUGCAGCCAGUACGGCACUUUUGAUUACGAAAAAUCAUCAACAUUUUGCCCAAAUCAUUCAAGACCUUUCCGCACGCUAUAUGCAGACAAUUCGUACGCGCUGGGGUUUUGGGGUCGUGAUGAGCUAAACCUAGAUAACGCUGCUAGAUCUAAGGUUGAAUUCGCAAUUGCAGAAAUCUCAAACUCCUCUGUUGGCGUUCUUGGGGUAGGGAUCAAAGAGCUGGAAUCGACAUUCCACUAUUUCAACUCUUCCACUUAUACGUAUCCAAAUUUCCCAGUGAUGUUGAAAGAGAGUGGUGCUAUCGACAAAAUAGCAUUUUCUUUGUAUCUAAACUCUCUGGAUGCACCGGACGGUUCCGUUUUAUUUGGUGGUGUUGAUCACAGCAAGUAUACUGGAGAACUUUUAACGGUACCUUUGAUCAAUACUUACAAGAACAAGGGUGUCCCGCAGCCCAUUCAAUUUGAAAUAACGGCACAAGGAGUAGGCAUGCAAAGCACAAAGGCCUGUCACCAAGAGACGUUAAGUAGUAUCAAGUUCCCAGCAUACUUGGAUUCGGGAGCUACGUUGAUGUUCAUUGAUGAAGGGAUAGCUCAAAAAAUGGCAGACUUUGUGAAUGCAACUUGGUCCGAUGAAUGGCAAUUUUAUAUGCUGAAUUGUCCAGGCAGCGACGAUGACACCGAGUUAGUGUUUGAUUUUGGUGGUUUCCAAAUCGCCACACCGUUAUCAAACUACAUUCUGAGCACAGAUCAGGACAAUUUGUGUGCUCUAGGUGUAGUACCAAGCGAUCAGCAUGCGACUUUUGGUGACGUUUUUCUGUCAUCAGCUUAUGUUGUAUACGAUUUAGAGGAGUUGGAAAUUUCGCUUGCACAGGCCAACUGGAAUCCUCCGCCUUCAAAUAUCGAACCAAUAGUCUCCAGCGUACCCAAAGCUCGGCGGGCGCCUGGUUACAGCAAUACGUGGGAGCAUGAUGCCGCUGACGCAGCCUUGGUAACCAAGAACAUAUUCAGUUCAAGUUUUUCAUGCUCUAAUCCAAAGACAGGCGCAUUUUCCACCUUCUUGAGCAAUAGUUCAAUGCUAUCGGGGCCCACGAGAUCUACACUUUCGAUGAUUUCAGUACCUGCAACGACAAAUUUGACCGCUUCACAAACCUUCUCGUCAGCAAGUCGUACUAGAUCUGGCUUGCGCUCAACAGAUUUGACUCCGAGCCUCGACGGCAUAACUUCGGUAACUUGCAAGUCGACAAACUCUUCUACCUCGGGUUUUGAGACGAGCAUUCAAAUGGUCACUUCGCAAUGUAGCGGUAGCAGCUUCGUUGUAGCCACAAAAAAAAUCACUCCGGCGGGCAACAAAGUUUCUGUUUCGUUCGCAAGCAAUAAGAAAGCUUCAGAUGUCCCAGUUGUUUUCUCAACGUCAAGUCAAUUUCAAUCAAAAAUGUCAAAGAGUGUGUACACAGUAAUUGCAUCGAGCGGCACCUCAAAUUUCGGGACCUAUUCGCUGAGCGAUCUUCCUUACAGUUCGAUCAAUGGGUUUGGAGACUCUAAGACCUCAAGCGUUGCGACUCACAAUGAUGCAGGCACCAUGAACCAAUAUUCGAGCGGAUUAACACCAUCAACUAACAGCCCUUAUGGCUGCAGCAAAUCUAAAAGUCCAAUGGAAUUAUCAUAUGAGGCGGGCGCUUCGAAAAGUUCAGAAACUCUCCCUCAGACAAGUUCCCCGAACCCUUUGUAUGUAGCCAUGAACACGGAACUGUCGGGGCAUCGACAGAGUGGCACUAUUAGUGUUUCCUCUGGAUCUCUGAGGCUUGAUGACCCUACAGGUGUUCUGAAUACACUUGAAGUCACAAGUGGAGAUGUCUCUAAAACGCAAAGCGAAACUUCAACUGCUGAUUCCCGUUCAACUUAUUAUGUCGCCAUCCAAUCUGGAGCAGGCUCUUCUGAUAGUAGUAUAUCGCGUCGCGGACUUAUAGGCUCUACCUUGGCUGUUCUUGUAGCCCUGCUAUCGACGGUUUAA